AUUCCAGAUCCUAAACGGAAAACAAAACCCAAUGAAAUUCGACAUACUGGAGAGACGAUCAAUAUAAUUUAGGGUUUCACUCAAAUCUAAACCCGAUACCAAUCCGAGACGUUAAUCAGCUUAGUAUCUUCUCUUUUUCGUAAAGCGAUAACGCAGAGAUGCCACAGAGACACUCGAAGAACAACAACGACUUAGCGUUUUUCACUUACGACGAGAAGAGAAAGCUAGGUUAUGGAACCCAGAAGGAGAGAUUGGGGAAAGAUUCGAUCAAGCCGUUUGAUGUUUGCUGCCUCUGUUUGAAGCCCUUCAUCGACCCCUUGUGCUGCCAAAAGGGUCAUGUCUUCUGUAAAGAGUGCAUCCUCGAGUGCCUCCUCGCCCAGAAAAAAGACAUACAGAGGAAGCUAGCUGCCCAUUCUGCUCAACAGAAGCAAGAGAAGGAAGAGGAAGACGAGAAGCUAGCAUUGCAGAAAGCAAGAGAGCUAGAUGCCUUUGAUCAGCAAAAUCAUGGUGCUCUUCCCCAGUACAGUGAUAGAAACCAUUGUCGAGACAAGAAUGGUUUUCAUGGGGCAAACAGUGUUAAGGUCACGUCUUAUGAAGAGGAAGCACUUCGGACAAUGAAAGCAUUUUGGCUCUCAGAGGUUGGCUGA